CCUGGGGCGGCGGCGGCGGAGGCGGCGGCGGAGGCGGCGUGGGGCAAGGUCCCGCCCGCCGCUCCAAUAUAACCGCCUCCCGCCGCCGUUGGGGCAUCAGAGCUCCUUCGCCUACCUACUCGGCCUACGCCUCUGCCUCGCAGACGCCUGCCUGCCCUCCUUCGCCUUCGCCGAAGACUCUCGUCUCGCCAACAUGCCCUGGUCUUACACCGACAGGCUGAACGGCGUGGGCGCCACCAAGAAGCACCUGCACAUGCGCGCGGCGUCGACGGCGGCGCUGCCGCUGGCGCUGCCCGCGGCCGCCGACCACCCGGCGGGGGCCGAGCGGGACGCGCCGCCUCUGCCCCCGCGGCCGCACGCCGCCGCCCUCGCCGACAAGUACGAGCUGCACAAGUACGGCUACGGCAAGAACAGCAUCAAGCUGCUGCACGUGCACCGCGACGGCGCCACGCACUCCAUCCGCGAGUACGAGGUGAACACGCACCUGCGCCUGCACUCGCAGCGCGACUACCUCGAGGGCAACAACAAGGACAUCAUCGCCACCGACACGCAGAAGAACACCGUCUACGUGCUCGCCAAGAAGUACGGGGUGGAGUCGCCCGAGGACUUCGCGCUGCUGGUGUGCAGCCACUUCCUGUACACGUACCGUCACGUGGACGAGGCGUCGGUGCACGUGGAGGAGUACCCGUGGGAGCGGCUGCAGGCCGAGGAGCGGCCGCACAACCACGCCUUCAUCUUCUCCCCCACCGCCGUGCGCUUCUGCACCGUCAAGCAGAAACGGAACGAGCGUCCCAAAGUGACUGGUGGUCUGCGUGACUUACGAGUCCUCAAGACGACGCAAUCUGCUUUCACUGACUUCAUCCAGGACGAAUACCGCACCCUUCCUGAUGCCAACGACCGUAUUUUCAGCACGAUCGUCACAGCGACGUGGCAGUACUCCACAGUCAACAACGUCGAUUUCGACGGCGUUUGGGAUGCCGUAAAGGAGUGCAUACUUGAGAACUUCGCUGGCCCUCCGGAUGUAGGUGUUCCUAGCAAGUCGGUACAGCACACACUGUACCUUACGGAAAAGAUGGUUCUGGACAAAGUGAAGGAGCUUUCGCGAAUCGAGAUGUGGAUGCCCAACAAGCACUACUUCACCCUCGACUUGUCCAAGUUCCCGUCGACGGUGGUCCAGGGCGAGAACAAGGAGGUCUACGAGCCUGUGGACAAGCCAUCGGGCAUCAUUCAUGCGAUGCUGGAACGCAAAGCUACCACCUCAAGGCUUUGAGUCUCUCAUACCCAACUUGUAAACAUCAAAUAUCCAUUGCACAUUUAUUAUUCAUAAGAGAAUCAAUUGUCAUUGUUUCAUUUUACGCUAAAAACAGUAUAUAAUCGUAAUUUAGAAAGAUUCUCGUGAAACUCUAGUAUUCUGAUCGGAUUUUUAUAGAGUCGAUCAAUAAUCUUGACAUGUAGACAUGUAUUUUUCUGUUUGUCGUCAACAGUUGUCAACAUUUUCUCUUUUCUUUGUUCUUUAUGCAAUGUAUAAUGUGAUGCGGUGUUUAUGUGGUGUUGCUCUGUUUGACUAUUGGAAUUUAUGUGGAGUGUAUCUGAAGUUCAGACUUGUUCAUGUCAAUGUAUUAUUUCUUUCGCCUUUAUUUGUACAUAACAUGUGAAUAUAUUGUAUUUAUUUGUACAUAGAAAAUAUAAAUAAAUAUUUAUAAUAAUGAAGUACAUAUUGAUGUAAAGUUUCACCUUAUGUAGCAUUCCUA